AUGCAUGCCGAGCCAAACCCUGAGGGAAACUAUCCAAACCCCAACGCCUUGACUGCCGAUUCUCUUUCGUUUACCAAGAAGUACAUGAUUCUGUGUGCGUGUUGGUUUGCACCUGAGAAGCCCAAAAUGACGACGUUCUUGAAACCAACAAUGAUGGCACUUGACAAGAUCUACAGACAGGGAAUAGUGGUUAAAGUGUCACCGACCGAAACGGCUACUGUACGUGGGCUGCUGAUGAUGGCGGUGAUGGACCUACCAGCCAAGGCCAAGGCACUGGUAAUGAAACAGUUCAAUGGGAUGUACGGAUGUAAUGAAUGUGGAGAUUCUGGCAAGAAUCCAGACGGCUCCAACAACAGUCUUCAUCGCAUAUGGCCCUACACCGCUGACAUGACGAUGAGAAGUCACCGGUCUAUCAUUGAGAAUGUCAGGGAAACACUGAGCCGAUCCAAUCCGGGAAAUGCUGUUAUGGGCAUUAUGGGGGCCAGCGUGUUCCUGAGGUACCAUGCUCUGGAUAUGUCUAAUUCUUUCCCAGUGGACUGGAUGCACGCUGUUCUCCUAGGGGUAGCAAAAACAAUGUUGGAGCUCUGGUUUUCGCCACAGAGUUACGGCGAACCAUUCAACAUAUCUAAGUCUAUACCUGAUCUGAAUAAGCAGCUGCUUGCCCUGAAGGUACCUGACUGUAUCUCUCACCGACCGAGAAGUAUCACAGAAAAACAUCACUGGAAAGCCAGUGAAUUCCGAUCAUGGCUUCUGUAUUACUCCAUGCCUCUUCUGCACGAUGUCCUGCCAGCUGAGUACGUCGCCCACUACUUCCUGCUGGUGAGUGCCAUUUGGACACUGGCCAGCGAUGAUAUCACGACAGCUGACCUGACGACAGCAGGGUUGCGAUUGGAUGCAUUCUGCAAGUCAUUUGAGGAACUCUAUGGAGAGCGUCGGCAGACAAUGAACAUCCACAAACUCCGGCACCUCCAGAUGUAUGUGGAAAUGUAUGGGCCUGUAUGGACCACAAGCCUGUUUGGAUUUGAAUCGAUGAAUGGUCACCUGAAGCGGAUGGUGCAUGGUACACGCUUCAUCGUCACUCAGAUCACGUUCACGAAAUCCAUGAGCUGGGGGCUACAGCGAGUGGCAGCAGCCAUGGAAAAUAUCCAUGAGCGAAAGGGAGUUGUCAAGUUGGCCCAACGACUUACCAGUGUUGCUGAAAGACCUAACUCGACGAGACUGUGCAGUGGCUUGUAUCUCCUUGGAAACCCGGUUGACAGGCACGUACACGAGGAGCACCUGGAGGCCGUACGAACAGCAGUAGGCCAUGUGGACAACACCAUCAAGUACCCCUACUUCCAUCGUAUAGAACUCAACGGUCAAGCCAUAUACAGCCGGGAAUAUGGCAGGGAGAAGACAAGAAACAGCAGGACAGUGGAGUUCGAGGUGGAUGGAGCCGUCCACUUUGGCGAAGUUGUCACUUUCUGCAAUAUUGGUACCACUCAUCUGGCGGUGUUGCAAGAUCUCUUGCCGAUAGCAACCCCCCUCAUCGACUGUUCGGUUGUGCAGAACUUAACCAUUAAAGUCGCAUUGCAGAGACCCCUAAGUGAAAAGGUGUUCGAGGUGAGGCGAGGAGAUACGUAUAGGGCAGUUCCUAUCACGUCUCUAAGACGGAAAUGUGUCUUUAUGUCCACAGGGGUACGAACGUACAUAGGGAGAUUCCCAAAUGUAGUAGAGAAAGACUAGCGUGUAGAUUAUGCUUUAACGUCUGAACACGGCAAAAUGUUUUAUAUGCCAUUUCCCGUAAACGUCGCAUCGGUAGAGCAACAUUGUGACCGAGAAAACUGUGUGACAAAACUAACGAUGUAAGUACGUCGCAAUAAUGCGGGAAUGAGUUUUGCUUUAGGCACCUGGUGCGGGCAACAAAGCGGAAUAAGGAUCGGUGUGAAUUCGGUCUGUAAAACCUCUGCCGUGCAUGUUGCCGAAAUGUUGUUGCUAUUGUGUUUCUAGUAAGAUUUUUUACAUAUAUGUACAUUACUAUUUCUCAGUAUGCCAGUUACAAAUGUACAAACUUCUAGUUAUUCUGUAAAUAAUGUGAUGUGACAUGCUGGUAAUUCAGGACACAGCAUAUACCAUGUGCAAACCAACUGUCAUAACGGGAACCUGGCAUAUGAAAGAGAAUGUAUAAUAUUGAAGACUGUAACGAUCGCAGAGUUGUUAUUGUAUUAAAACACUGACAAUAUAACGAUAUAUGUACCAA